CCUCUUCUGUGACCCUUGGAACAUCCGCCCGGACUGGACGCGUUCUUUCUCCGCGGUGGCCGUUUGCGCGCUCUCCUGCUAGACAUGCCGUUCCUUGAGCUGGACACGAACUUGCCCGCAGAUCGCGUGCCCGCGGGACUAGAGAAGCGGCUCUGCGCGGCCGCCGCCGCCAUCCUGGGCAAACCCGAGAACCGCGUGAACGCGACCCUGCGGCCGGGCCUGGCCAUGGCGGUGAACGGCUCACCGGAGCCCUGCGCGCAGCUGCUCGUCUCCUCCAUCGGUGUGGUGGGCACGGCCGAGGAGAACCGCGGUCACAGCGCCCGCCUCUUCGAGUUCCUCACCAAGGAGCUGGGGCUGGACCAGGACCGGAUAAUAAUCCGCUUCUUCCCCCUGGAGCCCUGGCAGAUUGGCAAGAAGGGGACCGUCAUGACUUUUUUAUGAUUGGCAUGGAGAGCAUCCAGGGCAUCUGUGAGCUGGUGGCCCCUUCCAAAGAGGCCUCCUGGCAGUGAGGGCCUGGUGGAUACCAGUGUCUGGCACACCUACAUGCAGACAUGCCUGUGACCUCAUGAUCCUCUUCUUCCCCAUUGUCAUCCAAAUAAAUGAAGAGAGCUUCGUCUUUCA